AUGUCUGAAGAUGAAUCAGAUAUUCAGAUAGGCCUUUCUGAUCAAGGUGUAACUGCCGUUCGACGCAUCUCCAUUCGUCGAGAUGGCAAGUUAAUUGCUACUAAACACUUAAUUUUAACGUUUAACAAAUUGACAUUGUCAUCUUUUAUUACUGCAGGUUAUCUGCUCUGUCCUGUCUGCCCCAACGUUCCAAAUCCGCUGCGUUGCUUCAAAUGCCAGUGGUUUGGACAUUCACAGACAUCCUGCCGAGGCAAAAGCGUAUGCGCACAGUGUGGGACUGAAGACCACGUUAGUACUGAAUGUAAAAGUACCCCAUGCUGUGUGAACUGUAGAGAUGCCCAUCCUUCCUACUCUUGGAAAUGCCCUGCAUGGCAGAGAGAAAAAGAGGUUCAACGGUUAAAAACCAUAAAUAAUAUAUCAUACACAGAGGCCCGUUGUAUGGUCACCCCAAGUCCACCAACGAAACAAAAAACCUUUGCUGCUGUGUUGAAAUCUACCAAGACGUGGGGUUCAAACAGAUAUUUCUGUAUCCCCAAGUGA